AUGGAGAACAGCGACUUCGAACCAUUCAAGGGCCAUUCCGACAACAUCAUCGCGCUUGUAUUCUCCCCCAACGGAACGUUUUUCGCCACCGGCUCUCGCGACCACACGAUACGGAUAUGGGACGCAGCAACGGGUCGUCAACGUGGAGACGUGUUGCGGGGACACACAGGCUGGAUUAGCGGGCUCGCCUACUCUCCUGACGGGAACCAGCUAGUCAGCUGCUCCUCUGACAAGUCUCUGCGCGUGUGGGACGCAAACACCCAUCACCUGAUCACGGAUACGCUCGAGGGCGAAACGGGCGGCGGGGGGUUCCUGUGCGUAGAUUAUUCUCCAGAUGACGGACUCGUUGCCAGCGGAGACACCAACGGCCUGCUGAAGCUAUGGGACGUGCGAGAAGGCACCUGCACAGCGACAAUCCAGCAUCCGCAUCGCAUCAACUCUGUCGCUUUCUCGCCUGAUGGUGAGAGCGUUGCGACUGCGUGCCAUGAUCGCAUUGUCCGCAUCUACGCCGUGGACGACCGCGCGCUCGUAUACCAUCUCGUCGGGCACCGAGCCUCCGUCCGACGCGUUCUGUACUCCCCUGACGGAUCCCUCCUCGCCAGCGCCUCGCACGACCACACCGUCCACCUCUGGGACAGCCAGAAAGGAGAACUGCGCAGGAUUCUCUGUGGACAUAGACACUGCGUCAUAGGCGUAUCGUUCUCCGACACCGGCGAGCGACUUGUCAGCUCCUCGAGUGACGAGUCCGUUCGGGUUUGGGACGUUGCGUCCGGGGAAUGUCUCAUGGGACCGCUGUACGGGCACAGAGGGCCGGUAGCCGCAAUAGCGUCAUGGUUUUCCGACUCAAGGCACUUUGCAAGCGCAGGGAACGACUGUAUCAUCAGGAUCUGGGACGAGCGGGCAGGGCUUGAGUUGCAUAUUCCUCUCGUGUGCCACAGUUCAGAAGUUAACUGCUUAGACCUCUCGAAGGACGAGAGGCUCUUGGCUAGUGCCGGAGGAGACGCCAUAAUCUGCCUGUGGGACGUCCAACUGAAGGUUCUCUCCUUACCGCCUCUCACCGGACAUUCAGGGCCCGUGCUUGCUGUCAGGUUCACGCCCGACGGUCUGCGUCUAGCCAGUGGAGGACACGACAAAACAGUCCGCAUAUGGGACGUCCAAUCUGGUGCUUUGCUUCGUGUCUUACAGGGGCACAACGACUGCGUCCGGGCACUCAGCGUCUCCGCUGACGGAGCUCGUCUCACAAGCGGCUCUGGCGACGGAAUCCUCAAUAUAUGGGACCUCAAAUCGUACACCAUCCUAGUAGAUUCUCUCAAUCACGGACGCGGAGUGACUUCGGUGUGUUUUGCACCGGACGGCUCGAAAGUGCUGAGCGGUUCAUCGGACAACACAGUGCGCGUGUGGAAUAUUCCAUGUGGAACUCUGGCCUUCGUCUUCCAACAUGGGGGCGACGUUAACUGCGUCCAGUUCUCUGCAGAAGGGCACAAGUUCUUGAGCGCGUCUGGUGAUCGUAGAGUCUGUGUUUGGGAUACAGCGACCGGAGCGCUUCUGCAAUCUUUGAGGCAUACUGACACAGUGCUCGUGGCAGCGUUUUCUCCAAACGGAAAAAAAAAUCGUCAGUGGAUGUAG